AUGGCGUCCCUAGAUUCCAUCCCUGGCCACCUGAGCGACACAGCGGCUCAGGCGGGCGGGAAGGCGAUUCUCGUGCAAUUCGUGAUCUACGAUCUCCCGGGCCGCGACUGCAAGGCGUGGUCGUCCAACGAGGAGAUUCCCAAGGGCGGCUUCGACACGUACAAGACCAAGUACAUCAACGUUGCCAUGGCGUGCCUUCAAAAGAAGGCGGCGAACGUGCGCCUGUCGCUCGUGAUCGAGCCCGACUCGCUGCCCAACAUCGCGACAAACAUGGGGACGAAUCGGUGUGACGCGACGACAGACAAGGAGUACACGGAGGGCGUCGCACAUGCCAUCGCGGAGCUCUCGCAGAUCCCCGACACCACGCUCUAUCUCGACUCGGGCUUUCGCGGCUGGCUCGGGUGGCCGGAGGGGAUGAAGCGCGUGGUGGCGGUGUACAAGAAGAUCCUUGCGCGCGCGCGGCAGAUCCGCACGAACACCAAGAUUCGCGGCUUCGCGUCCAAUGUGGCCAACUACAGCCCGCUCUUCGCCUCCGGCUGCCCGACGUUGGGGAAAUGCCCACUCGCGAAGAACCUGAGCACGGGCGAGAUGUGCUACGACUGGAACCCGUGCAUCGACGAGAACCGCUUCACGGCGCGCAUGAAUGCGUACCUGGCAGCCGCGGAACUGCCCACCAGGUGGAUCGUUGACACGAGUAGGUCCGGCCGUGCUGGCAUUCGGAACCGCUGGGGGUCGUGGUGCAACGUGAAGGGCACGGGGAUCGGACAGCGCCCCGAGGCGGAUCCCGCUAAUGCUCCGCAAGUUGAUGCUCUGGUUUGGAUCAAGCCACCUGGGGAGAGCGAUGGCCAUUCAACAAAGUUUCUGGGCAUUUUCCCUGUGGAUCGCGAGUGCAACCUCGAUGAUGCACUGGGCCUGGACGCCCUACCGAGCGCGCCCCGCGCUGGGCAGUGGUUCCAGACGCAAUUCACCGCGCUGGUCCGCUACGCCAACCCGCCCAUGCCUGCUGGAAAGGUGGACCCGCCCACGCCUACCGAUCCGUGCAUGACCGACCCGAAAACGAACCCUGCGUGCGAUCCGUUCUGGGAGGACUUGGCUGUCAAGUACUCCCCGCAGUACAAGUUCCACCCCGAUGAGACCAUCUGGCCAAUUACGAUUGACGAGUACCUCACGCACGUGUAUGACUCCAUGGGUUCGUAUUUUGUGGGAGAUACGGAGCAUCAGAACUUUGUCAACUCCCUUGCUGGGGAUUACAACCACAUCACGGACCUGGUGGCAAUUGAAAUCCGCUUCUCAAAGACCGGCCAGCCGCAGCGCAUUUGGUACGCACAGCACGGUGGCAGCCCCAUGUGGGCGUGGGACACGGGAGCUGACUGGGCCGACCCCAAGCCAAAGGAGUUCGCUACGGUGAUGGGAACGCAUCCCAUUGUCCCUCUUGUUCCCCCCCUCCUUCCUGCCUCUCCAUCUGUCCUGAUCUGCCCACCACCACCACUGCCAUCAGCAGCAGGAAGCAGUGCUGCUCCCGCUCGUGCUGCUCCCGCUCGUGCUGCUCCCGCUCGUGCUGCUCCCGCUCGUACUGCUCCCACUCGUGCUGCUCCCUCUCGUGCUGCUCCCGCUCGUGCUGCUACCACUCAUGCUGCUACCACUCUCGCUGCUCCUCCCUCGUCGCCCGCCGCUGCUCCUCGCUCAACCCCGACCCACCCGCACGUGCACCUGGCACAGCUGAUGGCGCGCGUGGGGAUGGGUGGAGCGGGGAGCAGGGGUGAAAACAGGCGGAGAGGCACAGAGUGA